GCGACUUCGUUUUGCUUCUUUCAGCGGCUGACUGCGCAGUGGCUUGCUAGCGAUUUCGAACGGGAUAGCGUCAUUUUGUGUGAACUACAAACGGGCCUGUAGAGGUUUUCGAUAUUUCCCCACGGCAGAUAAUGGCUGAUACAAAUCCCAAGUCCGUGCAAGACUUCACAAAUGUGGUCCAAACCUUGCUGCAACAAAUGCAAGACAAGUUCCAGACCAUGUCAGACCAGAUCAUCGGAAGGAUUGAUGAGAUGAGCACAAGGAUUGAUGACUUGGAGAAGAACAUUGCAGACCUGAUGACCCAGGCAGGCGUAGAAGAAAAUGGGGCAACGCCUGAAAAGCCGAAAGAAGGUCAAGGCUCCUCAUGAAGGCAAGACAUUUUGUCCAUUCUGCUUAGCUGCAUCUGAUCUUCCCAGGUCCAGAGACAAAACAGCCUGAUCCUAUGUACUGGAGCAGCAAAAUUCCAAUCCUGAAAAUGACAUUGACUUGUGUGAUGUUUUUUUUAAUAUAUAUAUUAACUGUUGUGACAAAUGGUUGUAUUGAUGUAAAGACAAGUGGAAUGUUAUUUGUAAGACAGAAAAGUGUGUUUUGCCCUUUAGAACUUUAGUAGUGCAAGAAUACAAAGGGGGUUUGUGCACUGACAGGGAUGUUGUCCUAUAUCAUAAUAGAUUCUUGUCAAAUGAAAUGCUGGCUGAUUGAGACACUGUUGCCCAGGCCUGUCAUGACUACAGAGCCACCGGAAAGUAUUCACACCCCUUCACUUCAUCCACAUUUUGCUACGUUAGACUUAUUCUAAAGCUGAUAUGAGUAUAGUUUUAUUUAAAAAAAAAAAAAAAAAAGAAAUAAAAUAUCCCAUAAUGACAAAGUAAAAAAAAAAAAUGUAGACAGUUGUGCAAAUUUAUUGAAAAUUUAAACAUAGCUAUAUAAGUAUCCACCCCCUUGGCUUAAUAUUUUGUUGAAGCAAUCACAGACUCAAGUCCACUUGGGUAUGUCUCUACGAGCUUGAAACACCCGUUUUGGGGCAUUUUCUCAAAUUCUUCUCUGCAGAUCCUCUCAAGGUCACUCAGGGUGGAUAGGCGGUGUCGGUGGACAGCCAUUUUUAGGUCUUUCCAGAGAUGUUCGAUUGGAUUCAAGUCUGGGCUGCUCCCGAAGCCACUCCAAUGUUAUCUUGGCCGUGUCCUUUGGGCCAUUGUCGUGUUGGAAGGUGAAUAAACACUCACUCUAGUCUCUAGAGCAAGUUGUCAAAUUUCUCUGUAUUUGGCAGUGGUCUUACUCUCUGUGCGGACUAGUUGCCCAUUUCCUGCAGCAGAUAAACGGCUCCACAGUAGGGAUGGUGUUAGGCAGGUGAUGAGCGGUGUCUCUUCUUCUCCAGAUAUGAUUCUUGCAAUUGAGGCCAAAAAGUUCUAUUUUGGUUUCAUCGGACCAGAGAAUUUUAUUUCUGAGGGUCUGAGAAUCCUUAAGGUGCCUUUUGGCGGGCUGCCAUGUGCCUUUUAGUUAGAAGUGGCUUCCGUCUGGCCAUUCUACCAUAAAGGCCUGAUUGGUGGAGUGCGGCGUCACUGAUGGUGUAGCGGUACACUCGCCUGACGUCGGUGCGGGCAGCGUGGGUUCAGUUCCCACUCGGUGACGGUGCGAAUGGUUGUCCGCGUCCAUAUGUGCCCUGCGACUGACAAGUGACCAGUUCAGGGUGAAGUCCGCCGGGAUAGGCUCCAGUGCCCAGUGACCCUAACCAGGAUAAGCAGUGUUGAAAAUGGAUGGAUGGAUGAUGGAGCGCGUUAGCUGGUUCUAUCUCCGCAAGGGAACACUGGCGCUCCGAGCGCCUUAGUGACCAGAGGGUUCUUGUUCACCGCUGUGACCAAGGCCCUUCUUUCCCGGUUACUCAGCUCGGUCGGACGGCCAGAUCUAGGAAGGGUCCCGGUGGUUCCAACUUCCGUUUUCGAGCAAUUGAGAACACAGUGCUUUUUGCUACCUUCAAUGUUGCUGAAAUUCUUUUGUAUCCUUCCUCAGAUUUGUGCCUUGACACAAUCCAGUCUCAGAGGUCUGCAGACAGUUCGAAUCCAUUGCUAGGUUUCCGCUCUGAUAUGCACUGCCAAUUGAGACCUUAUAUAGACAGGUGUGCGCCAUUCCAAAUGACGUUCAAUCAACUGAAUAGACGACAGGUGGACUCCAGUUUCAGAAGCAUUUCACGGAUGAUCAGUGGAAAACAGAUGCACCUGAGCUUAAAUGUGAGUGUCAUAGCAAAGAUGUGAAUACUUAUAUACCCGUUUGGAUGUUUACAUUUACAGAAAUGUCUGAAAAUGUUUUUACUUUGCCGUCAUGGGAUAUUUUCUGGAAUUUUUUUUCAAAGAAACUGACUCAAAUCACCUUGAUAAAAACUAACAGCAAAGUGUGGAAAACAUGAAGAGGUGUGAAUACUUUCUGGUGGCACUGUAUGACUUUGCAGGCUAAUCGAAUUGACAGCUGACACCUGCAUUUUUUGACAGGCGCUGUUCAUGAGCCGUGAGAUGCAUUCCUCUUCACAUAUUUUCUAUAAAAUAUUUAAUAAAAUGCUGUUGAAUUACAUAGAACAUAUUUGGUGCUAGGUGCUUUUAAAGACGAUCAGGUGGUGCUUUUUGUAAACUAUUUUACAAUGCAAAUAACUGCAUGGUACAUGUUCUCUGUACAGUAGAGGCAAUCCAAAUAAACUGGGUGUUUAAUUGAAAGACACUUGGCAUUUCAAUGCAUAGCAGGAACCUUUAUUCAAAUAAAAAACAACACUAAUCUAAGUGUCAAACAAAGCAAACCUGUUGGAAAGAAAAGACCUUGAUCAUGUCAACACAGUGCUUGUAAAAUAACAAUAGCAUGAGAACAUGUUAUAAAUGGAACAGUUUACAU